UCCGUCGCACGAAGCCAAUAUUCGGCCAUUUCUUUCCGUGCGGUUCUUUAACAUGACUGGUUUGUCUAAUAGGGCCGUUGUUAUUGAUGGUCGUGGCCAUCUGGUUGGCCGUUUGGCCUCCGUUGUUGCCAAAUACCUGCUGCAAGGUGGCAAAGUAGCUGUUGUUCGUUGUGAAGAGUUGAACCUCUCAGGACACUUCUACAGAAACAAAAUAAAGUACUUGGCUUACUUGCGUAAACGCUGUAAUGUAAAUCCUGCUCGUGGUCCAUAUCAUUUCCGUGCCCCAUCACGCAUCUUCUUCAAAGCUGUGCGAGGUAUGAUUCCACAUAAAACAAAGCGUGGUCAAGCUGCACUUGCCCGCCUGCGUGUUUUCGAUGGUAUUCCACCACCAUACGACAAGCGUCGUCGUGUCUGUGUACCAAUUGCCAUGCGCAUCCUCACAUUACGUUCUGACCGUAAAUACUGCCAAGUUGGACGUCUGUCACAUGAAGUCGGCUGGCAUUACAAGGAUGUUGUCAAGAGCUUGGAGAGGAAACGCAAGGCAAAGUUGCGCGUCAUCUUGAAACACAAUAGGAUCAUGAAGAAACUAACGGUUAAGGCUCGCGAAAAUAUUGCGAAGGUGGCCGAACCAUUCAACAAGAUUAUUAAAUCCUACGGAUACGAAGUUUAAAUGCGUAUCGUGAUUGCUUGUAUAAAAUGAGUAGAGAUUUUUUAAUAAAAGAAUAUCUUAAGUAAAAAAUA